AUGGACCUUUCAAAGCCUGCCUUUGCCCGAUCUCAAUGGCACCCUCGAGGCCACAUCGCAAUCUUCCUCCGUACCCUCCACCUCCUCGACCUCAACUUCCUCCCCGACUUCCCUGACAUUUCCGAAUCGACAUUCCACGCAGCCAAAGCACCCGCAAACCUCCAACAGCGCUUCAAAGGCGUCGAAUGGGCCCUGUACCGCCUCUUCGAGCUGUAUGACCCUGGGGAAACGCGUACCACCUUGAAACCUCAUUUCCCGCCCUCGACCCCGAAAGAGUCUCUCAGCCUCCGUGCGGCGCUGUACAAAUCUCUCACGGAGUUGAAGAAAAAUGGCGUGUUGCCAAGAGAAACUGUGCUCAGAAAAACAAUGCUGGACGAAUGCAAGGGCGAGAAGUUUGAGGAAUUGCUUGCGGCGUUCGCGAUGGUCGUGCUGCGGCAGAGGGUGGACGUCGAUCUGAUUACUACAACCGGUCAGGUGAAAGGGAAAAGGUCCAGCUUAGCAGACCGGAGAUGUGACGAGGAACACAUUGUCCCGUUGAUACUGGCGCAUCGGGUCUCGCUGCAGAAAUCGCUGGCAAAGAGGCGGGACCUGCGCGAGAGGGCAGCUACACAGGCGCAAGAGCUGGAGACACAGCGGCAGGAGAUUGCGAGAAGAACACAAAUUGCGUCGCAGAACGACGAGCUUGAGCAGAUGUCCGAGCAAGAGUACGAAGCACUGGUGGGACGGGUCAACCACGCAUUUAAUCAAGGCGGACGGUGCAGACAGUACCGCGAACCAGCCGAUGAUGAAAGUCCUCACAUCAAUGUCAAAGCGUCGAGCCCAUAUCGAGGACCUCAGCCGUCUGCGCGAUUCGUUGCUCACUUCAAGUAG